UUUUAAGAGAUAUUAAUUUAUUAAUAAAAUAUAGCAGUAAAAUGCCCCCAAAAGCACCUCCUCCUAAAAAAUUAACUAAGAAAGAAUUGAAAGAGAAGGCAGAAUAAGAGAAAAGAGAAAGAGAAGAACAGGAAAGAUUAAGAAAAGAAGAAGAAGAAAAAUAAAGAUAAGAAUAAGAGCGAUUAAGAAAACUAGAAGAAGAAAGAUUAGCUGCAGAAGAGAAGGCAAGAUUAUAAGAAGAAGAGAUUGAAAAUGAAGUUUAGAAGAGUGUAUUUAGAGAAAAUUUAGAAAAUGCAAAAAAAGUAAAUUAUGAUUGAAUCUAUAGGUUGCUAGAGCAAAUGAUGAUUGGGAUAAAUUUUUAUAUUGUUCUAUAAAGCCAGACAUUACUUAAGAAGCUUAAUUGACAACAUUCAUUACUAUGUUUAAAGAAUCAAAAUCUUUGUAAGAUCUUAAAAUUCCAGAAGAAUUGUUAAAAUUAUAAUAAGCAGAAAAUAUUGUUAGAGAUAUAUAUAGAUUCUUAACUUAACUUAAAGCAGAGAGAAAACCAAUAUAGAAUCAUUAACAUCAAUAAUAGCAAAUUACUUAAAAUGAUUUAGUAACUAGAAAUUAAACAUAUAUAAAUGCAAUUAGAGAGAUAAUUAAUAAAAAAUUAGAAGAAAUUAAUACUUAAAUGGUAUUAUAUGCAGAAUUUUUUAUAGAAGUAAACCUAAAAAAAUAUGAAUAUAGGAAAAGUUUGCAGAAUUAACAAAGAAAGCAAAUGAAGGAGCAAAAGGUGCAUUUAAAUUAGAUGAUAAAACAAAAUAAGAAGUAAUAAAAACAUUUGCUCCUACUGAUGAUUUUAAAUAUGGUAUAUUUAUAUAUCCUUCAAAUAAACCAUCUGGUUAUAGACAUAAACCAAAUGAUUAUCCAGAAUUAUAAUUAGCUGUUGAUGUUCCAAGAUCAAUAUCUAUUUUUAUACAAAAAAUAUUAUACACAUCAUUUGAUAGUUAUAGUCCAAAUACUUAUAGUAAAUAUAGAGUAGUGGGAGGUGUAUUAGAUAUUGAAUAUUUAUAAAUGCUUCCUCCGCCUAAGAAAGUUAACAAUUGGACUUUGAAAUAAAAUUAUGAAUUGAGAGAAUAAGUAAAACGUUUAAAUUUUGAAUUAAAUGCAACAUUUAAAGUUUCUUAUUAAUUACCAUAAUAUAUAUGGAUUCCAAAUAGAGAAUAAUAAAAAGUUUGGAGAGUAGCAUUUUUUGAUAGAGUUAGUGAAUAAUGGAUAACAGAUGGAGUAGAAGAUGCUAAAUUAGAUAAGGGAAUUAAUAUAGUAGCAAGUGUACCUAAACUUGGACCAAUAGGAUUAUUAUAAGAGAGAUGUCUUGAUUAUCCAUAUAGAAGUUUUAAAUUAAGAUGUGUAGGAAAUGAGAAAGCUAUAUUAGAUAUUUAAGGGAUUCGAGAUUUAUUUAAAUUUGAAAUAGGACCUGGUUACAUUUGUUUACUUAAAAAAGAUCCUGUAUUAAUUUAUAAAUUUAUAUAAAGGAAUUUUCACAUUUUGCAAAUAAGAAAUUACCAGUAGGUGCAUUAUUUUAUGAAUUAUACAGAAGUGGAGUUAAUUUUAUUCCUGUAUAAGAAGAUUGUUAAGCUGCAAAUAUUGUAUAAAAAGAUGAGGGAGCAGAAGAACUUGCAUUAACAGAUUUAUCUGAAGCAGUUAGAGGAUUCUUUAUAGAAUCAAGUAGAUGGAAUAAUAGUGAUACAGGUACAUAGAUAGUUGUUAAAAUUAAAGAGAAUCCUGAAAUGGAUGAAGUAAUUAAUAUAAUUUCAAAUAUAAGGAAUUCGCUGAAAAUCAAGAAAAAGAUUGGAAAACAAUUAAAUGGUGGAAUAAUAAAUGUGCUAUCAUUUAAGCGAGAGAUUCUCAUUCAAAAUGUAAUUAAAAUCUUUUAGGGGAAACUGAAACACAUUGUAAUUUAGAAGUAUUAUUAAAAAUGCAUUCUUUAACGACAUAAGAUAUUUUAUCUAAAAUGAAAGUAAUAUUAUACUAAUCUUUAGGAUCUUCAUUAUGUUAUAUUUAUAGAAACUAUUUAAUAAGUUUUAAGAAUAACUAAAUUGUUAUCAUUUACAAUAAGAGAUUGA